AUGGCAACUCCACUAAUAAUAUCCACAUCUUGGUUGUGGGCGCCAGCCACGAGCAUGCGUCUGACCCUGUUGUGCUCUCUCCACCACAGCGCCCCCGCAGUGAGCAGUGCUGUUGAGGCUCCCAGCAGCACAUCAGCACAGGAUGCCCCUCCAGUGCUCCCGUAUCGUGUGGGCCAUGGCUUCGACUUGCACAGGCUGGCUGAGGGCUACCCCCUCAUUAUUGGUGGAAUAACUAUCCCUCACACGAAAGGAUGCGAGGCGCACUCCGAUGGUGAUGUGCUGCUGCACUGCAUCGUGGAUGCCAUUAAUGGCGCAUUAAGCCUGCCAGAUAUCGGGCAGAUGUUUCCAGACAACGACCCCAAAUGGAAGGGUGCCGCUUCACACAUAUUCAUUGCAGAGUCUGUCAGGUUGAUGCGUGAGCGGGGUUAUGUCAUAGGGAACCUCGAUGCAACGCUUAUAGCCCAGAAACCCAAACUCUCUCCCCACAAGGCAAGGGAAGCACCUUCCUCGCCUUCCAUAUGA